CAUUAUCUUCUUUUUCGUUCCUACCGCAAAUGGCGGGUUUCUCACUGUACUGUUUUAUAAACCCACGAAUUCUCUUCACUCUUCCGUCGGAAUCACCUCUCUUUGUUUUGGGUUCUGAUAAAUGUUCGCCGGCGACGAGACGGCGAAGUAGAAAGACUCGUGGGUUUGUCGUAACGUACGCGCACUCUAACCCGAAGAUAAUCAAUCCGAAGAAGAAGUCGAGGUAUGGGCAAACGUUAUCUCCAUAUGACAGUGAUGAAGAUGAAGCGCUAGAUGAUGAGAGUGAUGAAGAAGAUGAUGACUGGUUGCUUAAUGAUGACUUCGCUGAGGUUACAGAGUAUGAGAAGAAGAAGCCUAAGUCACAGAAGCAAACCAUUGCUAAGAAAGGUGUGAAGAAAGGGAUCGUCAAAAAUUGGGAAAAACAUGAAGAAAGUGAGACUGAUGAAGAUGAUCUUGAUAUAGGCAUUAGUCGAAAUGUCUCUUCUGAGAAGAAGAAGGAGAGGGAGUCUUGGCGUUUAGAUGGUCGAGGAAAGGUGAGUUCGAGGAAAUAUGUCGAGAAACUAUACCCUCGACUCUCAGAAGAGAUCGAUAUAGAUCCGAAAUGGGUACCACUUCUGGAUUACUUGAGCACAUUUGGUCUGAAAGAAUCACACUUUGUUCAAAUGUACGAGAGACACAUGCCAUCCCUUCAGAUUAAUGUCUUAUCAGCGCAAGAGAGACUCGAUUACUUGUUGAGUGUCGGUGUUAAACACAGAGAUAUCAAGAGGAUGCUCUUGAGACAACCACAGAUACUUCAAUACACAGUUGAGAACAAUCUCAAAGCUCACAUUUCCUUUCUAAUGGGUCUUGGGAUUCCUAAUUCCAAAAUAGGACAGAUAGUUGCUGCUACCCCGUCUCUGUUCUCUUACAGUGUAGAGAAUUCAUUGAGACCCACUAUAAGGUAUCUGAUCGAAGAGGUUGGGAUAAAGGAAACCGAUGUUGGAAAGGUUGUGCAACUAAGCCCUCAGAUUCUGGUUCAGCGGCUCGACAUAACAUGGAACACCCGGUACAUGUUCCUCUCCAAGGAGUUGGGAGCACCUAGAGACAGCGUAGUGAAGAUGGUGAAGAAACAUCCGCAGCUUCUUCACUACAGUAUCGAUGACGGGUUCUUGCCUCGAAUCAAUUUCCUUAGGAGCAUUGGGAUGUGCAAUUCUGAUAUACUGAAAGUCUUGACUAGCCUUACACAGGUUUUGUCUCUUUCGCUAGAAGAUAAUCUAAAGCCUAAGUACAUGUAUUUGGUCAAUGAGCUCAAUAAUGAAGUGCACAUUUUGACCAAAUACCCAAUGUACUUGAGCUUGUCCUUGGAUCAAAGGAUACGCCCGCGCCACCGCUUCCUGGUUGAGUUAAAGAAAGUGCGGAAAGGGCCGUUCCCUCUUAGUUCAUUAGUUCCAAAUGAUGAAAGCUUUUGUCAGCAAUGGGCUGGAACCAGUGUAGAUACGUAUCUCGCCUUUCGCCAGAGGCUGUUACUCAAGGAGUUUGCAAACAAGUAUGACAAGAGAGUAUGAUGAUGGAAAUCUCUUGCUCUUGAUUACCGACAACAAGUCAACACUUUGGUUAGUUUCUUGCUUCAAAUUCGGUAAAUGAGGUUCAUAAGCAGAACCUGUGAAUGACCAUUAACUUCUGGUGAAACGCGAUACUGCAAAGAUUAAAACUUUUUCAGGACA